GGGCGCAGCUGCGUUCAGAGAGGGGAGGAACUGUACAAGGGAAGCUAUACAAGGGAUUAAAUGUGUGUAACCCUCCCGUCUUUAAACGUUUAAUUAACAACACUAUUAUAUGUCAGGACGCUGGUUGAAUGUUUUCACAAUAAACGCCUAGACAACGAAAAUAAUUUCGCCGUAGAAAUAAGAGACUUAUAAAAUGGCUAGCAGUUGGCUCAUUUUGUUUAUCUGGAGACUCUGGGAAAGAUAUUCGUAAAAAUAUUUCCUGAACUGAAGUGCGUCUUCAAAACACCCAGAGCGCCUGCGCAGGCACGCAAAGCAUUCUGGGCUUUGUAGUUUUGACCUCUAACAUUGGCGUGCUGUGGCAACGAUGUCAACAAAAGAAGAUUCAGAAGGAAGGAAAGGUUCUCACCAAACCGAGCUUUACUCAGAGGUCCCUGCAUCAUGCCUGCCUAUUGUCUAUUCUCCAAUGUACAACAUCACCUUCAUGGGUCUGGAAAAGCUGCACCCCUUUGAUGCUGGCAAAUGGGGCAAAGUCAUUCACUUCUUAAAAGAGGAGCAGUUUAUUACAGAUGAGACCAUUGUUCCAGCCCGGGAGGCCAGUGAGGCUGAUCUUCUUGUGGUUCACACUACACGUUACCUGAACAGACUCAAGAACGCUGUCGUGGAGGGCCCCAGAGAGUGGUCUCUGGUGGUUGCCACCAUCACGGAAAUCCCACCUGUACUGUUCCUGCCCAACUUUCUGGUACAGCGCAAAGUUCUGAAACCACUGCGUACACAAACGGGAGGAACCAUCAUGGCUGGGAAGCUGGCGAUGGAAAGAGGAUGGGCAAUUAAUGUGGGUGGCGGUUUCCAUCAUUGCUCCAGUGACAAAGGAGGAGGUUUUUGUGCCUAUGCUGACAUCACAUUAGCUAUCAAGUUUCUCUUUGAGAGGGUGGAAGGAGUAGCAAGGGCCACCAUCAUCGAUCUAGAUGCCCAUCAGGGAAAUGGACACGAGCGGGAUUUCCUGGAAGACAGACGCGUUUACAUAAUGGAUGUUUAUAAUCGCCACAUCUAUCCAGGAGACGGAUAUGCAAAGAGGGCGAUUAAACGAAAAGUAGAGUUGGACUGGGGCACAGAAGACAUGGAGUACCUCCAGAAGGUGGAGCUCCACACGGAAGGUGCGCUGAACGAAGUACGGCCAGACAUCAUCAUCUACAACGCAGGCACGGACAUCCUCGAUGGAGACCCUCUCGGAGGUCUGGCUAUAUCCCCACAGGGUAUAGUUAAGAGAGAUGAAAUUAUCUUCAGGGCUGCUUGCCGCAGAGGGAUCCCUAUCCUCAUGGUGACCUCAGGGGGAUACCAGAAGAAGACUGCCCGCAUAAUCGCCGACUCCAUCCUGAACCUGCGCAGGCAGGGUUUGAUUGGUGGAGAAGCUUCAGAGGAGGCGGGACCUUCACAUGUGUCACUCAUGAUGAGCAAGUCUAUGUCAUCAGAGGCCACAUUCAGCGGCAUUUAAAUUUUCCUGAUUUUGGGGCUUGUCGAGCUACACCUGCAGCGACUGAUGCAGACAUUUAGAACAAGUAAAUAAUGUUGAUGAAUCGAAUGGUUUAGGUGGACUAAGAUUGACUCAGGAUCAACGUUUUCCAAAUUUUACACUCUUAUAAAUGGCUUGAAGUAAAGGAUUAAGAGUUUUUCCCAGUUUUUCCCCAUUUAUAAAAAAAGAAAAAUACUGUGUUUUAUGCAAUGCUUGUUUUGCACAUUAGGUUUGUGAAACUCUUUAAUUCAGUGGUUCUCAAACUUUUUCAUUGUAAGGUCCCCUUUGUGUUAAGUGCAUCGCUUUGCGGCCCCCCAUAUAAAGACGUAUAAUCUUAAACUUAGAAUUUUAAUUAAACCAAAAACAUUCAGUUAUACAAUGCUGGAACCUCAAUUCGUUUGGUUGGUGGUGUCAUUUUUCUGAUGUUUUAUUGCAUAAAAUCUAUGAUAAAUUUCUAUAUUUCAUAAAAUGCCACAAAAUCUGUGGCUCCCUGGAUCCAUCUUGGGGCCCCCCAGGGGGCCACGGCCCCCAGUUUGAGAACCACUGCUUUAAUUAGUGCCCACCAGUUGGAUAUUGAAAAGGGAAUUGAUUUAUUUUCAAUUUAUGCACUCAAGGUCUAUUGUAUAGUCAUACGUUUCCCUGCAACUCCCCAGGUUGAGAAAACAGUUGAUUUUAUCAAGCAUUUUAGAGGCAGCUCUCUCCAACAUAGAUUAGAUUUCUUUUAUUCGAUAAAUGAAAUUAUGACAUUAUGAAUAUAUUUCAGAUUCAUUACAGGACAGGUUUCUCAUUGCUUUGACCUGCUCUGCUAUCAUGCCUUAAAUAAUUCCAUGACAUUAAAUGAAAGCUGCUCUUAAGACGUGCUUUCGUGACCAAUCGGUUUUAGCAGCACGCCAGAAUUCUCAUUUGUGUGCAUCAGCAGGUGGACCGCUGUCGGGCUGAGAACUCUCUUGUCAUAUUACGGUUGGCAGACUUUUGAAAUGUCUUCAGGCAGGGGCCGGGGCUUUCUCUAUUAGAAUGAAACUCUUUAUUGGAGAGCAUGAGAGACGGUGGAGUUGGUUGGCAAUGGCAGUUCUUAAACUGAGAUUUGGCCUUCCUUAAUUUAGCAAAACAGUUCCUGUUGUUUAGAGAGUAUACAGAAGAUAAUGACACAUUUUUCUUUCUUUUUUUUCUUUUGUAUUCUGAUUUUCAAUUUACAUUCUCUCUCUUCCCUAGUUAGUUUCUUUGCACAUAUUUAUUAUUGGGUUGAUUGCCCUUUUAUAGGUCUGGCAAGUUUAUUUGAAAGUCCUUUAUUGAAUCAAGCCAUUUGGACAUAAUGGCAUAAUACAUUUUUGUUGAGCAUUUAUCCUCAUGUUCCUUUGGGGGAAAUUGUCCCUUGAGUGCGCGAUACUAUUCUAUAUUGUCGUGAAAGCUUAUUUGUAAAUAAAUGUAUAGUACAAUACAAUGUAAGUCGCUUUGGAUAAAAGCGUCUGCCAAAUGCGUAAAUGUAAAUGUAAAGUGCCACAUAAGAAUCCACAGGGAAGAGCAAGUCAAAUGGCCUUCCAGUACUUUCAUCAAUGCAUUGCUUUGAGAGCAUUGAUGGAUGGCAUAUGAUUAUGAAUGGGCGUUUGAAACGUAGGUUUGCAAGUUUUUUCCCUUUGUCUGAAAGCACUGUACCCCUUUUAAAUCAAGAACAAAUGUGCACAAAGGCCAAGCGCAGCUGGAUGAAGCUAUAGUCUCUGCCAGCUUUAAAUCUUUCCCUACCUCUUUGUGUAAUGUCUGAAUUGAUAGUGUGAACAACAGUGGAAUAUAAACUACAGAUUCACAUUUCUCAUAGGUCAUGUUCCACUGUUAUAAGUAGUUAUUGAUUUGCAGCAGUCCUACGCUUGCACAGAAACCAUUUUUGCUUAAGGAGGUACAGUACUGUAAUGUUAGUUGACGUCAACAGACGUUUGCACAGAACUUCUGGUUUUCACAUAACAGCCCCACAAGAUGCGUCUCAAUUCCCUAAAAAUGUAAAUACGUAUGUUCAGGUAUCAAACACCUGUCUGUUUCUCAUCUAGAGAUACACGAGAAGGGGUACGCUAGGUCAUCGAAAGCUUAGAGAUAAAUGUCCUUUAAGAAAUCACUGGUUUAAAGAGGUUCACAAUUGAGAAUAUCUCAUGCGUUUUUAUGUCUUUGGUUUAGGUUAUGAGUCUGUUUUCAAUGGGAUUGCACUCUUGCUGGAGGGAUCUUGGUAAUGGACACUAAUGAGAGUAGUAGGGCUCUUUUCCUUCCUUUUUUUGUCUCUAAUGAAAACCGUCGUAAGGAUGCAUGGGAAGGUCACAUGAAAGGCGUAAACCCUUUAGCUCUAGCCAGCAGCUUAAUGGCGUUGUACAUGAAAAGGUCCACAGUGGUCCUGGUUUCAUGUGGAUAGUGCUGGGAAAAGAACUCUUUUGGUUGUUGAUAAGAAUUGCAUUAACAUUAUUAUAUAAAAGUGUUUUGUUUUGUUUCUACGAACACUAAAUGUCUUAUGUACUUAAUGUGAAACAAAUGUUUAACAAUGUGUAUUUUAUUCUUUCUCUUAAAUUAUUUUUGAUAUAAAUUAGUACUCUUAUUUAACUCGCUACACAUUAAUAUGUUUAAACCUGUGUUUUACAUUUGUAAAUAUUCCAUUCAUGAAACUACUUAAGAGAGAUGGCGCUUUAACGUCUAACAAAAGUGCCAAAUGUGAUGUUUUCUCGUUGGAUUUAUGAUGUUUUUUUGUACCUGCACUUUUUGAAUACCAUUUCCAUGUAAGGAUUGGCAAAAUAAAUCAAAUCUAAAA